CACACGCCUCCUACCAAAAUCACAGCCCCGUGCAGCCCAAGCUCUCAUUCACAGCUUUCUAGAGAAAUCUGAGCUCGAACCUGCCAGAAUAGGGGAAUCUCACCCACCCAGUUCAGCCACGAGGACACCUGCAGAAACACAAUCCCAAAGCAAGCCUGGGCGGCUGUGUGAAGGUAUUUGUUGCCUUUUUUCUCCCUUCUGUAUUUGCAGCGCCUCCCCGCCUCUCCCCCUCUAGCUCUUGUGAUGCCAUGGCUGCGGCGUUUCAGCACUCGGGUGCGUGGACAGCUCCCAUCUGCAAUCCCUCUGCACUCCAUCCUUUCCCGCACCCCACUCUCCACCGCCUCCGCGGUCCUUGCUCCUCCCGGGCGCCCCCUCAGUCUGCGUUCCCUUAUCCUAACAUCGGCACCCCCAUCUCCACCAUCGCCGUCAUCAUCUCCACCAUCAUCAGCGCCUAAGCAAUGGCCACAGUUUUGCUUCUGAUUUGGAUGCCAUCACCAUCUAGGGCCUGAAUUCCAGAAGCUUUCCAGGAACAGAAAGAAGACCACUGUUUUGAUGGUAGUCUGCUAGCAGGAAAGUUGUUGAAUGGGCCACAAUUUCAGCACACCAUCACGUGAAUGGGACCAGUCUCUCUUCCUCCAAAACAUCAGAAAUUAACCACUCAGAAAGGAGAUUUGGCCAAGAUGACCCAUUUGCAGGCAGGACUAAGUCCAGAGACUAUAGAGAAAGCACGCCUGGAACUGAAUGAAAACCCAGAUGUUUUACAUCAAGACAUUCAGCAAGUUAGGGACAUGAUCAUCACCAGGCCUGACAUUGGAUUUUUACGUACAGAUGAUGCCUUCAUCCUAAGAUUUCUCCGAGCCAGGAAGUUUCACCAAGCAGAUGCCUUUAGACUCCUGGCUCAGUACUUCCAGUACCGCCAGCUAAACCUGGACAUGUUCAAAAACUUCAAAGCAGAUGAUCCGGGCAUUAAGAGAGCUCUGAUUGAUGGCUUCCCUGGAGUGCUGGAAAACCGUGAUCACUAUGGCAGGAAGAUUCUUCUGCUCUUUGCUGCCAAUUGGGAUCAGAGUAGGAACUCCUUCACAGACAUCCUGCGUGCCAUCUUGCUGUCAUUGGAAGUUCUCAUUGAAGAUCCUGAGCUUCAGAUAAAUGGCUUCAUUUUAAUUAUAGACUGGAGUAAUUUUUCCUUCAAACAAGCCUCCAAACUGACACCUUCAAUCCUUAAACUGGCCAUCGAAGGGUUGCAGGACAGCUUUCCUGCCCGCUUUGGAGGAGUCCACUUUGUCAACCAGCCUUGGUACAUUCAUGCCCUAUACACACUCAUCAAGCCAUUCCUUAAAGACAAGACCAGGAAACGGAUUUUCCUGCAUGGAAACAAUUUAAACAGCCUUCACCAACUAAUACACCCUGAAUUUUUGCCCUCUGAAUUUGGAGGAACACUUCCUCCUUAUGACAUGGGAACUUGGGCCAGGACAUUACUCGGUCCUGACUACAGUGAUGAAAAUGACUAUACUCAUACUUCCUACAAUGCCAUGCAUGUGAAACACACAUCCUCCAACCUGGAGAGAGAAUGCUCACCCAAGCCCAUGAAGAGAUCUCAGUCUGUGGUAGAAGCUGGAACCCUGAAACAUGAAGAGAAGGGAGAGAACGAGAACACUCAGCCUCUCCUGGCUCUGGACUGA